CAGCUUGAAGCCAUGGUCUAGAGCCAGACUGGCUGAGUGGCAGAGGAGUGAGUCUUAGAGCGUCUGUUUGACGGGGUAGGAACUGAGAGAGCUCUGGGGUUAAUGAGCAGAUGCCAGGCACGCAGGGGUCAAGUAGGGCAUCAUGUCAUCACCUGGCUUCCCCAGGGCAAGGGCUCAGUAGGGCAACUGGGAUGACCUGGAAGCGGGGUGCUAAGGAAAAGGCCCUACCCGAAUUAGUGCAGGUUGUACCUUUUGACAAUACUGACAUUGGUGUUCUGCUCUUUCUGGCCAUCCCACCCACCACAGGAAGCCAAAAUUUUCUUAGGGAUCUCAAUUCUAAUGACAACUUGGUGAAAUAGGAAAGUGUGGGGUGCAAUGAUGGGAACUUGGUGUAGGAGAGAUUAACAGUCCCUGGGUACAAAUCUCUUUGUCCCUGCCUCCCCCCACCCCCACCUCUGUUGUUGCUGAUUCUCCCUGUAGGAUUAAUCUCUGUGCUUCUCUCAUGCGGGAAGUUUUUCUCUGCUCUGUAAGGACUGCUGCCCAGAUUGCCAGGGCUUGCAUUCCACUUUUUUUGAGCCCUGCUAUGUGUUUACCCCUGUGCUUGGAGUUGGGUAGGGGCGUGGGACCUUUUUCCUCAGGAACCCAUGGUGAGACUAGAAGAUGCCUUACUCACAGAAGCAAGCAGAACUGUCACUGGAUUACAGGAGGGUCCAUCUGAGCCCAGGAGCUGCACGGAAUGGUGGCAGUCACCUUGCCAGUGCAGCGGGCAUGGACCAGACUGCAAGCUAGGGGAGCAAGGCAUCAGUCAGGAAGAGCGGACACACAGCUAGGCUUGAGGCCUCUUCAUCGGGAUGUCCCCAGGCCCCCCAGCCCAGGCCCAGCAUAAAGGCCGUGUGGGGGGGCCCCCCUGACCCAAGGGGGGGCUUCAUGCGCCACGUGCAGGCGGAGCCGUCUCCAUCCUCAGAGCCAGAGGCUGGCCCUUCACAGCCUCCAGUCAGGCAGGGGGCUCUCCAGGGUGGCCUGCUCAUGGGCUACAGCCCAGCAGGGGGGGCGACAUCCCCCGGGGUCUACCAGGUAUCCAUCUUUUCCCCUCCAGCUGGUGCCUCUGAGCCUCACAGGGCCCUGAAGCGACCGGCCCCACCCACUGAGGGUCCCCGGGAGCUGAAGAGAGGCCCUGGGCUGGGGGCCAGAGAGGGACUACCCCCCGAAGAACCAUCUACGGUGGGGCUAUUGGGCCCAGAGGGACUGGGGCUGGGACUGGGUGUGGCCAGCCAGCAUUUCUCCCAUCGUGGCCUCUGUGUUGUGGAACAGGGAGGUAGUGCCACCUCAUCUUGGACUUCAGGGGCCCAGAGUCCCCCCUGGCCCCCAUCAAAUGCUUCCUGCAAUACUUUGCACACCAGAGACUGGGCUUCCCCAGAUCCAGGGGGACAGGGGUCCCUGGGGGAGUCCCCAGGGCCAGCCCCUCCGGGCCAGCUGCACACACUUGACACUGAUUUGCACAGUCUUGCACAAAUAGGGAGUAAGAGCCCAGUGGCUGGGGUGGGCAACAGGGGAAGUCCCUGGCCUAGGGAGUCCCCUGGCACUGCCAAUGGGCACAGUCCCGAGCACACACCCCCUGGCCCUGGACCUCCAGGCCCCUGCCCCACCAAGCGAAGGCUGCUUCCUGCUGGAGAAGCCCCAGAUGUCAGCUCUGAGGAUGAGGGGCCAGCCCCUCGGAGGCGCCGGGGAACCCUGGGCCACCCUCCUGCUGCCAACAGUUCUGAUGCCAAAGCCACACCCUUCUGGAGCCACCUGCUGCCCGGGCCCAAGGAGCCUGUUUUGGACCCAACAGACUGCAGUCCCAUGGGGCGGAGGCUGAAAGGUGCCCGUCGCCUGAAGCUGAACUCCCUUCGAAGCCUCCGGAAGGGACCAGGCCUGCUGAGCACCCCCAGUGCCUCCCCCGUUCCUACCCCUGCUGUCAGCCGUACCCUGCUGGGCAACUUUGAGGAAUCAUUGCUGCGAGGACGCUUUGCACCAUCUGGCCACAUUGAGGGCUUUACAGCAGAGAUUGGAGCUAGUGGGUCCUACUGCCCCCAGCAUGUCACGCUGCCUGUCACUGUCACCUUCUUUGAUGUUUCUGAGCAAAAUGCCCCGGCCCCCUUCCUGGGCGUCGUGGACUUGAACCCCCUGGGGAGGAAGGGUUACAGCGUGCCCAAAGUGGGCACCAUCCAAGUGACCUUAUUUAACCCCAACCAGACUGUGGUGAAGAUGUUCCUCGUGACCUUUGACUUCUCGGACAUGCCUGCUGCCCACAUGACCUUCUUGCGCCAUCGCCUCUUUUUGGUGCCUGUGGGUGAGGAGGGGAAUGCUAGCCCCACCCGCCGCCUCCUCUGCUACUUGCUGCACCUCAGGUUCCGAAGCUCCCGCUCAGGCCGCUUAAGCCUGCAUGGAGAUAUCCGCCUGCUUUUUUCCCGCCGGAGCCUGGAGCUGGACACAGGGCUCCCCUACGAACUGCAGGCUGUGACUGAGGCCCCUCACAAUCCACGUUAUUCACCUUUGCCCUGAUUGCCAGCACUCUGAACCCACGUGGGCCGACAACCUGCCCAUCCUGCUCCAUCCUGGACAGAGUACAAAUGUGGAGAGAUGGCAAGAGACCUUUCAGGCUUGAAUUAAAGCCCUAGCCAUGCUCAUGCCCAAAUUGAUUAUUUGGGUGUUUAAAGCUUCUGAUCCUUACUAUACCCUGCCCUACUCCGGGUACUCCAGGUGCCUGUCCCUUCCUUUGGGUUUCCCAGGCCAGCUUAGGUAGGAGGAACCAGAGCUACCCUGAGGUUGUCCCAAGUUCCCAGGCAAGUCAUGCCAGCAUUGCCUCCCUGUCCUGGGCAGGGGCCACUUAUUAUUUUAUUUAUUUUUAAUUUAUAAUUUAUUCAAAUUGGAUUGCCUUGGUAACCUCCCAAACCUGAUAAUUGGCGUCACCUCUCCUCCUUUCCCACUGUCAGACAUUGCUCCAACCUCAGGAGUUGAAGAGGCAUGUGAGGGGGCAGGAGUAGAACUGCCCUCCCUCAGCUGAGGGCAGAGGGGUUAUUCCAGAGGGACUGAGUCGCUAGCCAAAGACUCAGCUUCCCCUGUCCUUCCACAGUCCCUUCACUUUCCCUACCUUCUGACCCAUCUCUGAAAGCCGACUUAUGUGUAUGUGUGUGCACAAGCCAGUGUUUGUGUGGGGUGUGUGUGAGAGAGAGCAUGCACGCACGCACACGCACAGGGUUAGCCACCCCUUACCUGGGGCUCCAGACUCCAGCUGUCCCUUUCCUCCUGCCUGCGUCUCCUUGCUUUGGGGUCCUGACUGAGGAAGGUGUCCAGGGGGCAGAGUCAGGGCCAAGGACUGGGUCCCUCCUCUCACCUGGCCAGACUCUGACCCACCUACCUCAGCUGGGGUGAGGGGUGCCCCUCAAACUCAGUCAUGUGGUUCCCAACUACCCCAUUCCCCACCCCAGACUCUAACCCAGCCUCAGUCUUGACUCCUGGGGCUGGGCUGAGGGGAACAAGCAUUUGCUGAAACUUGAAAAAACAAAACAAAAUGAAAAAAACAGGAAAAAAUUGUACCUGGUACUUUUU